AUGCUGGAGCAAUUUGUGGUGGUACUAUGGAUGAUGUGGAAUGAGAGGAACAAUCAAUUGUUCAACCGGAAGAAGGCACAAGAAUGGGAAAUUGUCGGGAAGGCCCUAGCCUACUGGGAGGAGUACGCAUCAUACAACAGGCAUGAGGAACGUAUGAGAGUGGCAGAGGCGAUUACCUGGAAGCGACCGCCGAUUGGGUGGGUGAACGUGAACGUGGAUGCGGCAGUGAUAGCAGGUCAGGGCACGGGAUUUGGAAUGGUCCUGCGAGAUGAGAAGGGAGGAUUCCUUCGGGCAGCAGUGCGGCGGGAGCGACGAUGUUGGCCACCAGAAAUUGCGGAAAUGAAAGUUGUGGAGUUUGGGCUGAAGCAGCUGGAAAUGAGUGUGGUUUUCGUCGGGCGGUGGUGGAAACGGACUGCCAGCAGGUGGAGAUCGCGCUUCAGAAGACGGAGUGCUCGAGGCUAG